AUGGCCACUCUAUAUCUACCUGAUGUUCGUCAGGCCAUAUCUCAAUUGGCAACUGGAACACAUGCGGAUGGUGAUCAAGUCGCGUCUUAUUUGCAAGACUGGUUCGCAAGUCUCAAGAGGAUGUCACCAGGGAAAUGGAAUGAAGUCCGUACCUUCUACUUAACCGCCGCCAUGUGCUACCCAGUUGGAGACAAGGAGCGGUUGAGCACCAUCUCCGAAUGGAUCGUAAUACUCUUCGCAUGGGAUGAUCUGUUUGAUGUCCCAGAGGACAACCUCAUGGACGAUGCACGUGGUGCAAAGGCGAUCAACAAUGUAGUUCUAUCCAUAUUCGAUACUCCUGAAACGUCAGAGACACAGGCGGAGUUGACCGUCGUUGCAAAAUUUCGUGCAUUCUGGGCUCGUUUCCGUACCACAUCGACCCCGACUAUGCAAAAGCGUUUUGUAGACGCUGUCCGUCGAUACGCCCGGGGCACAGAGAAAUUAGUGCACAAUCGAGAGCAGUGGCGAGUUCCCAGCAUGGAGGAAUUUGUUGCAAUGCGGCGAGCGACUUCAGCAGUUGAGCCAGCCCUUGCUGGUGUCGAGUAUACUCUCGAGAUAGAAGUCCCCAACGAAGCAUUCUAUCAUGCAGCAGUGCAAGAACUCCGGGACACUAUCAAUGAUAUAGCGUCAUGGACGAACGACUACCAAAAUCUUGUCGCGGUUGUCGCUGUAGAGAAGAAACUUGACGUGCAGUCGGCCAUUCAAUUUGUAUUCGUCAUGAUCCAGUCCGCCAUCGACCACUACUUCGAAGCCCGAAAACGCGUGCCAAAGUUCGAUCCAAAGACCGAUGAUCUUGUCUCGCGAUACAUUCGUGGCAUUGAAUGUUUUUGCAGCGGUAGUAUACUCUGGCACUUCGAGGUCGACCGGUACUUCGGCUCCAAGUCCGGCGAAGUCGAGGACAGAUUGGCAGUCAAAAUGCUUCCGAGAGAAAAGAACGCGCCCGAGCCUGGAUUUCAGCUGGAGUACAAAACUCCGUCAACCGUUAUCGCUUCUGUUGGAGAUGAAAUGUCUGUGUCCAAGAACAUACCUGAUAUCAAGAGUCGGGCUCUCUUGUAG